AUGAUUGUGAACAGGACAGAAGAGAUGAACUUCAACUGGACAUCAGAGGAAAACAGCUUUGAUAACAGCUUCAACAUCAGCGAGAGCAUGAACACCACUCAUAGAAACCAUAGUGAUAACAGUGACUAUGAUAUAGUUAAACAAAUCAUAAAAUGGGGGAAUUUGAUCACCAUUGGCAUUGGACUUCCUUCGACUCUAAUAGUGAUAGUUGCAGUUUUUCUACAGGUGAAAAAGGAUCAGGGUGUCCCAGUCUACGUCAUCAACCUUCUCUUUUCUGAUCUCGUUCAGUUCUGCGGCAGAAUUACAGUUAACUUAGAGUGGUAUGAUAUCGGCCGUUGUUUCACGUAUUUUGGUUUAACAGCCGGUGUUGGAUUCAUGGUCUGUAUCUCCUUGGAAAGGUAUUUGGUCAUCGCCAAGCCACUGUGGUACAGAUUCAGGAGAAACAUCAAGACAUAUGUGGUGGUCUGUGUGGUGGUCUGGACUCUUCCUCUAUCAGUUUUGCUACCUCUAAUUCUGGCCACUGAACGUACUGCUGGUUCUAUUAUUUACGAAAUCAUCGUACCUGGUGUGUUCCUCCUGCCCUUUCCCUUCUUCAUCUUCUUCUUGGUUGGGACUAUUAAAGCUCUGUCUGGAGCCCUCAGUGUCCCAGCAGAAGAAAAAAGACGAAUCGUAGCCAUUCAGGUUGUGGUGCUGCUAAUUUACUCUCUGCUUUUCCUGCCCAUGAUUACCGUGCUCCUGUUAGAGGAAUACAGUUUAAUUCUUGAUAUUGUGGCCAUAGUUUGUCUUUAUAUAAGUCCCCUUGCAGACACAACUCUGUAUUUGUUAACUCGUAAAAGCAUCCUGGAUAAGUUUCUGGCUUCACUCUGUUCUUGUAAAGCAUCAGACAAUCAGGAGAUGAGCAGCAAUGAUACUGAAAGCACGACUGCUCCACAUACUGAGACUGUUUAGGGUUUAAUAUCUGGAGCCUCCACAACAAUCUACAGUAGCUGCUUUUUGGGUUGAUUAGCAACUGUUGUAGCCAAAAGCUUUUUAUUUAGUCAUCUCCUGUUAUUCUGUUUAGUUGCAGGUUUGGUGCAGUUCCAGAUUUCUGCUGCUGGCUAUCUUUGGGUUUAGGUGCAUCUCAUCCUGACUGGCACUUCCUGUUUGAAC